AAGCCUUUUCGCAUGCCGUAAAACGUCACUUUAAAUAGCCUGAUCCCCGCCACUCCCAUUGUCCCGACUCCUGCCCUUACCUCAGUGCUCCUACUCUACCAUCUUCUACUCCCAUUCCGUUUGUCCAACUGAGAAACCAGGCUAACCGACGCCAAUUCCCAGCAAACAUCUGUCAUAUUGCUCCGAGCAAGUAAAAUAACUGUUUAUUUCCGGGCCCUCAUCCCAACAAAAAGUAUAAGUAUUUCAGAAGGGAGAAAGUGCUACAAGCCAAGGGGGAUCAUUACAUUUUCCUUGAAAAUGCAGAAAAUUGGCGAUGAUCGAGAGGCCGGAUAAUAAUCUUCAAAGCAGACUCCAACCCAUUUUCAUAAUUAAUUUGGAUUAUCUCUGAUGGCGUCGCCGGUAUAGAGUUCAAUUGCUUAUUCUACAGGGGACAUACCGAAAUAUUCCAGGGGCGGUAAGAGUUUCCGCCUUUUCACACUGCGGCGAAUAGGCCUACCUGCUUGAAAGAUCAAACGGAGGUAAGAUCCCACCAUUAUAUGGAAAUAGAUGUGUUAUCGGUUUUGUUUGAGUUCUUGCAAUUGCCAUUUGAAAACAGGCUACGUAGGCCUACUCACCUCGUCUUGCUAGUAUUUUAACAUUCACUCUCCCUUGGAUAGUUAGUCACCUGCGAUGCGCGCGCCUAUAAUGGCUUUUCCGCAAACUUGUCACCCCCUACCACACAAACAAAGAGAUAAACAUACUUUAAUGUUUUAACAAACUAUUCAGGAAUACGACAGAAACUCAUGUUAACUCGAGUUUGUCUGAAUAGGCUACGUGUGGGCUGAUCUCGUGGUGAUGUUUGUUUAGGAACACGGCGAUAAAUGAAGGUCAUGGUUUGAAAUGCAACCAUGAACUAUCGCACAAUAACACAGUUUGGAAAGAAGAAAAUCGUGAAAACGAAUGCUUUGGACGUCCUUCGUUUAAUUUGGUUGUGGAGAAAAUAGCCUGUAACGAGCUAUAACCUACAGAUGAUGAAACGUAAAAAGUUCCACACCCUAAAGAAAGUUACCGGAAAUGUUCAGAAGGGUGUGAUUGCGGCCCGCAAUUCGGGGCGUUGCUGCAUUUGCAGGAACCCCUCUAUUGGUCCAAUUCUAUUGGUCCAUUUUUAAGCUAGGACUCCGUUACAGUAGCUGGCGGGAGGCAGCGGGCGACACCAGUAGUUAGUUAGUUAGGACACCGGUAGACAGUGACCUUCGCCCCCGCUUGCCGAACACUGCUUUCCCACGUUUUGUUAACGUUACAGCGAGGGCAGGUGCUCGUCAGGUGGGCGCGAAGGACACUGUGUGCUAGCUAGCUAGUUAGUACUUCGGUAACGUUAGAGGCAGGGGCAACACCAGUAGGUAGGUAGCUAGCUAGGACAAUAGCCGCGGGAAGUAGGGGUGCUGAGGGUGCUGCAGCAGCCUUUGAAAAAUCAGAAUUAAAAAAAUUAUAAUAAUUGAAAAAAAUAUUCACCAAGUAGUGCAUUGGGCCUUUACGUACCGAUAUAAAACAUGUUUUCAGCAUCUCUGCUUUGGCAAAAAAGGUAGUUGUAUAAUGAGUCACUCACCACCUUCCGGAGACAUUUGAAACCCCACCUCUUUAAGGAAUACCUGGGAUAGGAUAAAGUAAUCCUUCUACCCCCCCUUACCCCAACCCAAACCCAAACCCCAAAACAAAACAAAAACAUUGUAAAGUGGUGAUCCCACUGGCCAUAAGGUGAAUACACCUAUUUGUAAGUCGCUCUGGAUAAGAGCGUCUGCUAAAUGACGUAAAUGUAAGAACAGUAUCUUGCAGGAUUCAGUAGUUGGAAUUGUAAGAGUUGUUGACCUCUCCCUUUCGCUGCGAUUUGUCAUUCUAAUGGAAUCCAGAAAGAACAAAACCAUGUCCUCAAACAUUUACAUCAAAAGGUGCAAAGUUACGGGCAAAGAAAAAAGUAGUCCGGGUAGCUAUUUGGUUAACUAUUUAGCGGUCUUAUGGCUUGGGGAUAGAAGCUGUUCAGGGUCCUGUUGAUUCCAGACUUGGUGCAUCGGUACCGCUUGCCGUGCAGUAGUAGAGCGAACAGUCUAUGACUUGGGUGGCUGGAGUCUUUGAAUGUUUUUAGGACCUUCCUCAGACACCGCCUGGUAUAGAGGUCCUGGAUGGCAGGGAGCUCGGCCCCAGUGAUGUACUGGGCUGUACGCACUACCCUCUGUAGUGCCUUGCGGUCGAAUGCCAAGCAAUUCCCAUACCAAGCGGUGAUGUAGCCAGUCAAGAUGCUCUCAAUGGUGCAGUUGUAUAACCUUUUGAGGAUCUGACGGCCCAUGCAAAAUCUUUUCAGCCUCCUGAGGGGGAAGAGGCAUUGUUGUGCCUUCACCACUGUGUUGGUAUGUGUGGACCAUGUUAAUUCCUUAGUGAUGUGGACAAUGAGGAACUUGAAGCUGUCGACCCACUCCACUAUAGCCCUGUGGAGGGGGCGUGGUCGGUCCUCGGUUUCCUGUAGUGCAUGAUCAGCUCCUUUGUCUUGCUGACGUUGAGGGAAAGGUUGUUGUCCUGGCACCACACUGCCAGGUCUCUGACCUCCUCCCUAUAGGCUGUCUCAUCGUCGUCGGUGAUCAGGCCUACCACCAUCGUGUUGUCAGCAAGUUUAAUGAUGGUGUUGGAGUCGUGCGUGGCCACGCAGUCGUGGGUGAACGGGGAGUACAGGAGGGGACUGAGCACGGGGGUAAGAGCGUUGCGCAUGCUGUCAAUUAACUUCUGGGCCACAUCCUGACUGAUGGCAGCCCAUUCUUGCAUAAUCAAUGCUUGGAGUUUGUCAGAAUUUGUGGGUUUUUGUUUGUCCACCUGCCUCUUGAGGAUCGACCACAAGUUCUCAAUGGGAUUAAGGUCUGGGGAGUUUCCUGGCCAUGGACCCGAAAUGUCAAUGUUUUGUUCCCCGAGCCACUUAGUUAUCACUUUUGCCUUAUGGCAAGGUGCUCCAUCAUGCUGGAAAAGGCAUUGGUCGUCACCAAACUGUUCUUGGUUGGUUGGGAGAAGUUGCUCUCAGAGGAUGUGUUGGUACCAUUCUUUAUUCAUGGCUGUGUUCUUAGGCAAAAUUGUGAGUGAGCCCACUCCCUUGGCUGAGAAGCAACCCCACACAUGAAUGGUCUCCGGAUGCUUUACUGUUGGCAUGACACAGGACUGAUGGUAGCGCUCACCUUGUCUUCUCCGGACAAGGUCUUUUCCGGAUGCCCCAAACAAUCGGAAAGGGGAUUCAUCAGAGAAAAUGACUUUACCCCAGUCCUCAGCAGGCCAAUCCCUGUACCUUUUGCAGAAUAUCAGUCUUUCCCUUAUUUUUUUUCCUGGAGAGAAGUGGCUUCUUUGCUGCCCUUCUUGACACCAGGCCAUCCUCCAAAAGUAUUUGCCUCACUGUGCGUGCAGAUGCACUCACACCUGCCUGCUGACAUUCCUGAGCAAGCUCUACACUGGUGGUGCCCCGAUCCCGCAGCUGAAUCAAUUUUAAGAGACGGUCCUGGCGCUUGCUGGACUUUCUUGGGCGCCCUGACGCCUUCUUCACCACAAUUGAACCUCUCUCCUUGAAGUUCUUGAUGAUCCAAUAAAUGGUUGAUUUAGGUGCAAUCUUACUAGCAGCAAUAUCCUUGCCUGUGAAGCCCUUUUUGUGCAAAGCAAUGAUGACGGCACGUGUUUCCUUGCAGGUAACCAUGGUUAAUAGAGGAAGAACAAUGAUUUAAAGCACCACACUCCUUUUAAAGCUUCCAGUCUGUUAUUCUAACUCAAUCAUCAUGACAGAGUGAUCUCCAGCCUUGCCCUCGUCAACACUCUCACCUGUGUUAACGAGAUAAUCACUGACAUGAUGGCAGCAGGUCCUUUUGUGGCAGGGCUGAAAUGCAGUGGAAAUAUUUUUGGGGGAUUAAGUUCAUUUUCAUGGCAAAGAGGGACUUUGCAAUUCAUCUGAUCACUCUUCAUGACAUUCUGGAGUAUAUGCAAAUUGCCAUCAUCAAAACUGAAACAGCAGACUUUGUGAAAAUUAGUAUUUGUGUCAUUCUCAAAACUUUUGACCACAACUGUAGUUACACAGGUGACAUGCUGGUAAAAAUGAGGUAAAACGGAUUUCAGUUUCCCUGCAUUAAAUCACAGGCCACAAGAAGCACACUAUUGGAAUGCUCACAAUAUUGUUUCUACUCUUUGGGCUGAUGAUUGAAUACAAAGUAGCCUAUCGUUCGUCUCAUUUGACCAUCUGACUACAAUGUUUCAUUUACGGUGUUAUUUGUGAGGUUUCCCUCCAUGUCCUUUGACAUUGUAAGUAAGUCAAUAAGUCACCUGGAGGGUAAAGGAGAUUCCAGGAUCUGCUGUUUGAAGCAACUGAUGUGACAAACACCAUGCAUAUGCGUGCUAUACUGACUGUAACUACUCCAUCAAUUAAUUAAGUCAGUGGUGUACUAUUGUCAGUAUGUUUCACAUACACACUCCACUGCUUUACAAUUUUUUUUUUUUUUUUAAGCCAGCUUUCUCUGGAAACUGCAAGAAUGGUCCUUCCUCCUGUGCAAACAAAAAGGGCCCCAGAGCGCCACCCCUAUUAAUUCACAGUAAGCAUAGGAGUGUUCAAAGUCCAUGCAUGCAAUCCCUGUUAAACAAUCAAUCAACAGACAGGAGAGGGGUGCUGGGUGUCACACAGUGACUGUUUUGUUUGGAACAUCUCUCUAGUGUAGCUGGCACUGAGGCUUCCCUGUGUGAAAACUCUUAAACCCUUUUGUACCAAGAACUGUCAUCGUAAGUGAAAAUAAUCCCAACCCCCCAAAAAACAAGGCAUCUCCUGUGCCUAGGAUUGUGUAAAAUGUGUGAUGUUGGGCACAGAUCUUCUCUCCCUGUGCAUUAAUUUGAUGAUCUGGCUGUGCACAACUAUCAGUGUCACAGUCAGUGUGUGUUUUAAAAUAACCAAGCAGGUAGUGUUGUCAUGCUGGCCUCUUGCCCUCAAACAGACUUCAGACACAAAGGUGCCUCAGUAAAGUGAGAAUCAGGCCCUCUUGUUUACAUGCCAUUUCUAACAAAUCUAGCAAACCUGCCAGUAAUGACUGUAGCAGUGAUGUCAUAGUGGCUCUGAGAGCCGUUCACAGCAAAGCCCAUUGCCUGUAUUGUAAUUAAACCUACACAGUAUCUUUCCCACUCUACUAGUAUCAAUGGCUGCAUCUAUGCCACAACAGCUGCUCUGCACUGUCAAAGCUUGUAUUCAGAUAGCUAAUGGAUUCAUCUGGGAAAUGUCAGGAAGUCCUGCAGUAGGUGUUUGAAGCAUCUGUAGAUUCUUCUUUGUGUUAUAAAUUAUUAUACACCAGGCCAACACAUUGUUGGAAAUGUUGAUGGGUCAUAUAAGGUCGUCAAUGUAUUAAGUGUCACCAGCUCACUCCUGUUUUCAUGGCUGAGUGACUAUGCAAAUAUGGAUGGAUGCACCAGCACACCAAGAUCAACAUGACAUAAUAAUCACAUCACAAAUAAUCACAGAAAAAUUAUGGCUGCAAAUAGUAAUCCUCUUUUACCUAUUGUCUAAUGAUAUUUAAUCCCCACAAUUUAAAUUCACUAACACAACAAUACAUUCCGUACAAAUAUUUGAGGCAGCAUUCCUUUACUUUAAUCGUUUUGGACGUAAUUUUGGUAUGUGAUCUACCAAAGAAUGUCUUGACGUCAGACUGUACCUGACACCAAAAAAGCCUUGUCCCUUUGUCUAAAUGUCUUUCUUUCUUUCUUUCUUUCUUUCUUUCUUUCUUUCUUUCUUUCUUUCUUUCUUUCUUUCUUUCUUUCUUUCUUUCUUUCUUUCUUUCUUUCUUUCUUUCUUUCUUUCUUUCUUUCUUUCUUUCUUUCUUUCUUUCUUUCUUUCUUUCUUUCUUUCUUUCUUUCUUUCUUUCUUUCUUUCUUUCUUUCUUUCUUUCUUUCUUUCUUUCUUUCUUUCUUUCUUUCUUUCUUUCUUUCUUUCUUUCUUUCUUUCUUUCUUUCUUUCUUUCUUUCUUUCUUUCUUUCUUUCUUUCUUUCUUUCUUUCUUUCGCAGAAUGUUGACCUUGCUCAGGGAGCUCAGUGACUGGGUCUGGCAGGACCGGCUGUGGUUCCCAGCGGGCCUGGGUUGGGCCGACCUCAAGGACCGGGAUGGCCAAGUCUUCGCUAAAGGAAGGGAUCUCUGGGUCAUCUUCCCCAUCGCAGUAUGCUUCCUGAUUAUCCGACAGAUAUUUGAGAGGUCAGUACUCAAGGCCCAAUACCAAUAAUCCUUUGGGCCCUGGUCAGAAGUAGUGCACUAUAAAGGGAAUAGGGUGUCAUUUAGGACAAAACCAAUACCUCCCCCUCCUCACAUUGCAAUGGCCUCGCUAUGUUCCAUUAUUUUUGCUGUUGUUUUUGACCCGUAUUGCUCAAAUAUUGUUUGCCUGUUCAUCUAGCUAUGUUGACUUAUGUGUUCACUGCAACAACCAGAACUGAUUUACAGUCCCUACAACACUUUCCUCUCCUCCUUUGCUUCCUUUGACUAUCCAGGACCGUAGCCGUUCAACUUGCCUCUUUACUUGGAGUGAGGGAGAAACCGCGUGUCAGAGCUGCUCCCAACAUCACACUGGAAUCCUUUUUCUGCAAUGCAUCAAAGUUCCCCUCACAGGUAAUUGCACAGCAUAACUGUAAUGCCAACACCUUCCUAAUCCUACAUGUAGGAAACUACCAUACAGUUCCACUGACCAAAUCCAAGUGACCACUCAGUUCAAUAGUUCACACAAAUGCCACACAACUCCUUAGUCAAAUCCAGGCACGAUUCCUACAUUAAAUCAACCAUUAUUUAAAGUGCAUUUAAAAUCGCAACACACUUUACAGUAAAACAAUAUAAUGAAGGAGACAUUAGCACAUAAGAUGUUGAAGGGAUAAUCCACCCCAAACCACUAAUUCCUAUGAUUAACAUUUACAUUUACUUCAUUUAGCAGACGCUCUUAUCCAGAGCGACUUACAAUUAGUGAGUGCAUACAUUAUUUUAUUUUUUUAUAUUUUAUUUUUUUAUACCCCCCGUGGGAAUCGAACCCACAACCCUGGCGUUGCAAACGCCAUGCUCUACCAACUGAGCUACAUCCCCUGCCGGCCAUUCCCUCCCCUACCCUAACGACGCUGGGCCAAUUGUGCGCCGCCCCAUGGGUCUCCCGGUCGCGGCCGGCUACGACAGAGCCUGGAUUCGAACCAGGAUCUCUAGUGGCACAGCUAGCACUGCGAUGCAGUGCCUUAGACCACUGCGCCACUCGGGAGACAACAGUGUUAAAUAACACUAAUAUGUGAAAACAACAAUGUUUUUUGUGAACAAAUGUUUCAUUUUGUUGUUAUAACAAGGUUGGUAGCAACAUGUGAAAAUCAUUGGAAAUCUGUUGCAGUUCAAGUCGACUACAAACCCCACAAUGCAAUGUUCUCUCUGGGCUGGUUGGCUAGCUAAACUCAGCAAAAAAAGAAACGUCCUCUUACUGUCAACUGCGUUUAUUUUCAGCAAACUUAACAUUUGUAAAUAUUUGUAUGAACAUAACAAGAUUCAACAACUGAGACAUAAACUGAACAAGUUCCACAGACAUGACUAACAUAAAUUGAAUAAUGUGUCCCUGAACAAAGGGGGGAUCAAAAUCAAAAGUAACAGUCAGUAUCUGGUGUGGCCACCAGCUGCAUUAAGUACUGCAGUGCAUCUCCUCCUCAUGGACUGCACCAGAUUUGCCAGUUCUUGCUGUGAGAUGUUACCCCACUCUUCCACCAAGGCACCUGCAAGUUCCUGGACAUUUCUGGGGGGAAUGGCCCUAGCCCUAACCCUCCGAUCCAACAGGUCCCAGACAUGCUCAAUGGGGUUGAGAUCCGGGCUCUUCGCUGGCCAUGGCAGAACACUGACAUUCCUGUCUUGCAGGAAAUCACGCACAGAACGAGCAGUAUGGCUGGUGGCAAUGUCAUGCUGGAGGGUCAUGUCAGGAUGAGCCUGCAGGAAGGGUACCACAUGAGGGAGGAGGAUGUCUUCCCUGUAACGCACAGCGUUGAGAUUGCCUGCAAUGACAACAAGCUCAGUCCGAUGAUGCUGUGACACACCGCCCCAGACCAUGACGGACCCUCCACCUCCAAAUCGAUCCCGCUCUAGAGUACAGGCCUCGGUUUAACGCUCAUUCCUCGACGAUAAACGCGAAUCCAACAAUCACCCCAGGUGAGACAAAACCGUGACUCGUCAGUGAAGAGCACUUUUUGCCAGUCCUGUCUGGUCCAGCAACGGUGGGUUUCUGCCCAUAGGCGACGUUGUUACCAGUGAUGUCUGGUGAGGACCUGCCUUACAACAUGCCUACAAGCCCUCAGUCCAGCCUCUCUCAGCCUAUUGCGGACAGUCUGAGCACUGAUGGAGGGAUUGUGCGUUCCUGGUGUAACUUGGGCAGUUGUUGUUUCCAUCUUGUACCUGUCCCGCAGGUGUGGUGAUCGGAUGUACCAAUCCUGUGCAGGUGUUGUUACACGUGGUCUGCCACUGCGAGGACGAUCAGCUGUCCGUCCUGUCUCCCUGUAGUGCUGUCUUAGGCGUCUCACAGUACAGACAUUGCAAUUUAUUGCCCUGGCCACACCUGCAGUCCUCAUGCCUCCUUGCAGCAUGCCUAAGGCACGUUCACGCAGAUGAGCAGGGACCCUGGGCAUCUUUCUUUUGGUGUUUUUCAGAGUCAGUAGAAAGGCCUCUUUAGUGUCCUAAGUUUUCAUAACGGUGACCUUAAUUGCCUACCAUCUGUAAGCUGUUAGUGUCUUAACGACCGUUCCACAGGUGCAUGUUCAUUAAUUGUUUAUGGUUCAUUGAACAAGCAUGGGAAACCGUGUUUAAACCCUUUACAAAGAAGAUCUGUGAAGUUAUUUUGAUUUUUACAAAUUAUCUUUGAAAGACAGACGUUUCUUUUUUUGCUGAGUUUAGUUAGCAAACGUAGCUACACUACACACAAAAAUACCAAAGUCAAUAUUAGCAUGUGAAGUAACUAGCUAGCUGUAAAAUCGCUUGAAAAAAACGGCACUAUCAAUUUAGGAGUCUAACUUGCAGUUCAUCCUUCCCAUGUUUCCCAGAGACACACACGGUGCAUUGAAAGAUGGUACUUGAAGGAGAAACUGAGGGUGCAUUCGUAAAUUCACUCUAGCUAUCAACUCCGGUUUCAGAGCACUAUCGUCUGAGUGUGCCAGAGAGCAGAAUAACUGAGGAAUUUACGAAUGCGUAACACCCAUUGAAUAUGACCGGUGUCAGUCAACGUUGGCAAAAAAAACGUAAUUAAAUGAUUGCCUGCAGCACAGUUAGUCACCAAUGCUCUAGAUGACAUGUAAACAACCUAACCAGCUCUGCUAAGGUGAGUAAAAUGGUCAGAGGGAGUUGUUCUCUCAUUCGUGUCUGGAAGUAGCUAGCUAGCUAGCCAACUUUAGCCAGUUAGCUUAGGUGCUUGACUGCCGUUGUGAGGUCAGAUCGCUCGGAUCAACCCUACUGGACAAUCUGACAACCCUCUGAAUUUACGAAUGGCCAAAGCGCACUCUGAGCGCACUCAGGCACUCCAGAGUGAAUUUACGAACACACCCUGAGUUGAAUAAUUUGGUAAACUGUUUAGAUUGAGCACAUCUAAGCGAAAUAUAUACUGUACUUCGUCAUGACGAUAUAAACGGAUGGAUAUGUUCUAGACAAGUAAACCAUCUAUUGGCUAAUUUGGCGAUCUGGGGUGAAGGUAAUUAUUUUAAAAGCGUUAUGAAAUGUGAUGUUGUGUUAUCCCCCAUCUCCUGUGACGAGAACCAUGUAGCUAUGACACAUUCAUACACGAUUUCCUGAUUUCACAGAAGGGCCACAAAGAGGUUUAAUCAUUGUGCGAUCCGGAAUGGCUCAUAGGAGCAGGAGCCUAUCUUGAUGUACAAGUACACCCCCUGAACAGGACGCUAGUCUAGCUCAGGGCCUUACCCCCAAUUUACAGUCUGGACUCCCAACCUUCCAAUCUCAGGGCGGACACUCUAAUCACAAGGCCACUGAGUUGGUACACUGAUUAAACAUAGGCCUUCACCAAAUUGACAGGAGUUUCAUAUUAUUAUUUAUUUUGGGGGGUAGAUUAUCCCUUUAAUUUAAGUCUGUUGCUCUUUAACCCUCGUUUCACUCUGUCAGAGUUCAGUGGAGGAGUUAACUAAACAGUCGGCCUGCUCGGUGCGGCAGGUCCAGAGGUGGUUCCGGCGGCGGAGGAACCAGGAACGGCCGAGCCAGAUCAAGAAGUUCCGGGAAGCCAGGUACCCUCAGCAGCAAAGUGCAAACCCACAAGCCUUAUGUUUCUAUCUGUGGUUAUACAGUUGGAGGCUACAGUCAUUUCUGUAUUGAAUAUGGUUGAAAUCAAUUGUUUUAGCAAAGAAAGUAUAGUACCGCUAACUGAAAUGAAUAGUAGCGGAGCAGAUGAAAAUGGUUGAAUGGAACUUGCACUUGCCAACAUUUAAUGAAUUAAACAACCCUUAUUUAUUUCCGACGUGGGCGUAUUUCUAUUGUGUAACAUGUUAGGUGUCAUGUGCCUUCUGUAAAAGUGCCUGUUAUUGUCUUUACCGUGAUUUGACGCGAGUCUUAUUCACCUGAUCAAAAUACAAGCUCUCUUGUAUAGUUUACAGGUAGUUGUAGCUUAUGUUUUACUUUGUCUUGAAGGAGCCGUAGUUUGCAUUGUCUAUCUGUGUGUACAUAUGACAUUGUUGUAAGCUGUGUGAAAUUGUGUUCUGUUCAUAUGGGGUUUCUGAGGUUGCUGUGUGUUCUCUUACAGUUGGAGAUUUACCUUUUACCUUCUUGCUUUCAUUGCUGGCCUGGGUGCCCUAAUUGAUGUGAGUACCACCAUUUACUGUUGGCAUAUAUUUUCUCUAGCAAUGCUUUGCCUCUGUAAUGUUUUAUACAUUUGAGUGUGCCAUUUUGUGUUUGUUGUGUUUGAGACCGAAAUCCUCACUAAUAUGUGAAUCUCUUCCCAGAAACCAUGGUUCUAUGACAUGGAGGAGAUGUGGAAUGGCUUCCCCACACUGGUAUGUCCAUUCUGUGUCACCUUUUUUCAUCAUAUUUUCUAUAAGACUGUUGGUCUCUAAAUCUUAAAUUGGUUUUAAAUGUUUAGUUGGUCACAAGCAAAGGAGUUUUCAAAGGUUUCCAGUACGUGCUUGUUUAUCAAAUUGAAUGAGCUGCCUGAUAGAAGAUACCAGCUUGGCAUUUCUAGACACCUUUUCUAAAUGUUACGAAAAUGUAGGCAUGUACUACUUUAAGUCACUUUGGAUAGAAGUGUGUGCUAAAUACCAUAUUUUUUUAUAUUCAAUGUUUGGUCUUCCCUCUUAUAGCCACUGCUGCCUUCUCAGUACUGGUACUACAUGAUUGAGCUGGGAUUCUACAUAUCACUGCUCUUCAGUGUGGCAACAGAUAUCAAGCGCAAAGUAAGUGGAGCCUAAUUCAGAAACCUUUACAAUUUACAUACAGUACCAUUACAAUGGCAACAGGAGAGACUGUUGUCAAGAGGGCAGAGGGAGAGAGAAGAGACAUAGCUAACCACAUCUCUGCAGAUGUCAGUUUGGGUAUCACAACUAAGUUAUAUGACCUUCAGUUCACCACAAAAAAUAUAGUAGUUUCGGUUGUAAGUAAUUUCCCCUCUUCCUUGUUGUGUGUAUGUCUCAGGCAGGGAGGGGUGUUGAUGUGUCUAGGGCAUCUGUGGGUUAAUGUGUGACUGGCGCACUGUGGAAAGGUAUGGCAGUGGAGACUGAUUGACCAUGUUCUCCAGCCGUAUUUAUUUUCCAGCCGGCGAGUCCAAAUGAAAGGUGGCAACUCUUCAAAACAGUCAGCAGACUUGACUGAAAUCCAGUCCUGUUUGUCGGUUGAUUUGACAGACACAAUGAAUUAAUAGGGCUGAUCCAAAACAAUGGUUUUAGAGACUUGUUUGGGAUAACUUUUUUGUUGUUACAUUAGCUCUAAUUGCAGUGGAAUUCCGAAUUGGGCAUUUUUGCUCGCCUCAAGCUCAUGGCUAGGGUUUUUAGUUCAGUUGUAAUUGGAAAGUGCACAUGGAUACAUGCACUCAGUGUUUCCAUUAUCCAUUUAGGCACAUUAAUAAAUUGGCGACAGCCUGUAUGACUUCCCAUCUGUUUCAUGUGUCAGGUAGCCAGCAUGGAUAGAAUGCAAGUAUGUACUAAUUUGCCAUGUAAUAAUUCUCAUGUGCGAACUAUCGCCACGGUCUGUGUCAUGGUGAAACUUGCACUCCUGUAGAUCUGAAAUAAUUGGCUGGUGAAACUUGCAUCCAGCCAACCAGAAAAGCAAGGCGAAGCAAUUCAGUCAAGACAAUUCUUGUCCUGCAAAUAAAUAUUCAGCAGUGUUAAAGCUCUCAUUAAAAUAACUGUAGUUCAGAACAACGCAUCCAAAAUAAACUUGAUAAUCAAGUUGCGAGUGAGGAAUGUCAUGACCAUGGUGCCAUAUCCAUCAGAACUAUAACUAGUUUCAACAAGAUUUUAAAGUGAACAACUACCACCUCCCUCUGUUAUGACUGAAGCUGAUGUGCAGUGCACAAAGUAAACAUAACAUUUGCAUAACUGACACUCCCCCUCUCUCUCUUCCAGGAUUUUAAGGAGCAGAUUGUUCACCAUGUGGCCACUAUUCUGCUGAUCAGUUUCUCGUGGUUGGUCAACUACAUCCGUGCCGGGACUUUGAUCAUGCUGGUGCACGAUGCCUCAGACUAUCUACUGGAGGUACAGCCCCCCACCCCAUACCCAAUCGUAUUACUCCAACAAUGCAAUACAAUGUCAUGCAAAAAGGCAUCUGGCUAUUUCACCAUUACAAACCUAAAGAAACUAUAUCCAUUCCAUGAUAAGUAUAGAAGAGUGAGUGUUAUUUCUAUAUGGACAGUAAUUGUAUUAUCAUUAUAAUAAUAAAUGGUGCUUACAGAAUUUCUACUCUCACAGAACUGGUCAUACUGUUAAGCCUGCCAUCUAGAGGAGAAUAUUAUAGGAAACGGCAACCGAAUCGUUAUUUCUUUUCUUUUAUUCUUCUUCUUCUGUUGCUUCUUUUUAGUCAGCAAAGAUGUUCAACUAUGCAGGAUGGAGAAAGACCUGCAACUACAUCUUCAUCCUGUUUGCAGCUGUGUUCAUCCUUACCCGCCUCGUCAUACUCCCCUUCUGGUAAGAUGCUCAGAUCUUGGAUGACACUCAUCUGCAUCCUAGAGGUGGACACAUAUUAAGCCUAAUCCUGGACUAAGAAGCGUUUUCAACUGAGCUUUUCCAUUGAGCUUGCUUUUUAGUCCAGGACUAGGUUUAAUCUGCGUCUGGGAAACUGCCUCCAUAUGUCUAAAGAACCGAUAACUAAGUGUAAAGUAUUAUUUUCUGUCAUUUUUCAGUGAUACAGGAUGCAAUGCAUUCUAGUGAUUUACUUAGGUUGUUGUCAAAAUGCUUUUGACUGCUAAUGCAGAUCUGUAUUGACUAGAUCUGUCUGUUUCUUCCCCCAGGAUCAUACAUACUACGUGGGUGUACCCAUUGACCCUCUAUCCCCCUUUCUUUGGGUUCUACUUCUUCAACGGGCUGUUGUUUGUGCUGCAGUGUCUGCACAUCUUCUGGGCUGGCCUCAUCCUGCGCAUGGCCAUCAAGUUCCUACCCGGAAAUGUACGUAUUCCCAAACCUUAUCACUAUAGGGAGGUUUCCUGGACACAGAUUGAGCCUAGUCCAGAGCCCUAUAUGUGGUUUGAGGAGUUAGUAAGGUAUCUCUGAGUUCAACUCGGGAUAACCGGUACCACAAACGUGACUCACCUUUUAGCCAGGUACAUUUCUUUGGCAAUGAAUCCUUCAGAACUAACCUGCUCCUGGGCAGGUUAACUCAGGGCUAACUCCAUUUAUUCUGAAUUAAUUGUCUGAGCUGCGAGUUGAGGACCAAUAAAAUCAUAUUCCCUCUAGUAAAGAUUGCAUCAUCAUCACCUUCAAGACGACUGAUUAAAUAUUUUAUUAGUCAAAUGUAUUUUUGUGUUCAGAAAUAGUAAAUGUUAAAUACCUAUCACAUUACACAUUUAGUAAUGACAGAAUGCAUUUGAAAUUCACGCAUAGUAAAACUUGUGUACGACUUAAUACAAUUAUUUUAUUGAUAGGAGUGGGGAAAAAGGUGCUCAAACCACGUAGGGCUCUGGAAUAUUAAGCUUUUAGAAAACCCUGAGUAGAUCUAGCUUCAAUCGUAGUAUACCCCUAAGGACUAAAAAGAAAACUCAGAGAAUUUCCAUUGAAAGUGCUUUUUAGUCCAGGGUGAGGCUUAAUCUGUGUCUGGGGAAACUGCCCCUAUGUCAAACUGUUCUGAGCCUUACUGCUCUACUUUCAAUCACCCAACUGUACAUGUAAACCUACUGUUCGACAUCACCACUCAAACUCAACGUUUACAUACAAUUAUUUUGAUAUGUAGUUGUCUGACCUAGCUAACUUAAAGCUAGAGUCCUUCAUUGAAGCAAUAACAAAUCGGACACCCCGCCUCUGUUUUGGUAAAAAGUUGAGGGAUGGGCCUGGAGAAAAGUAACCACUCUCAAAUUCAUAGACUGGGCUAUGGAUGCAAGGACUGAUUAUCCAUUAUAUAAAAAUGAUAGUUUUAACCAUGUUUAUUACUGUUUGUUUACAUUGCUUAUAAACAUUGUUGUAAAAUAAGCUUGUAUUUUGGGUUCUGAUGUGGUACGACAGUUUAACUAAGCUCAUGAGGCAUUUAUAAGUUAUAUUCUUCAAGAAUCAAUAGGUACAUUUAUAUGCAGUGCCUUCAGAAAGUAUUCACACCCCUUGACUUUUUCCACAUUUUGUUGUGUUACAGCCUGAAUUUAAAAUUGAUAAAAUGCAGAAUUUUUUGUCACUGACCUACACACAAUACCCCAUAAUGUCUAAGUCGAAUUAUAUUUUUUGACAUUUUUACAAAUUCAUUCAAAAUUAAAAGCUGAAAUGUCUUGAGUCAAUAAGUAUUCAACCCUUUUGUUAUGGCAAGCCUAAAUAAGUUCAGGAGUAAAAAAUGUGCUUAACAAGUCACAAGUUGGAUGGUCUCACUCUGUGUGCAAUAAUAGUGUUUAACAUAAUUUUUGAAUAACUACCUCAUCUCUGUACCCCACACAUACAAUUAUCUGUAAGGACCCUCAGUUGAGCUGUGACUUUCAAACACAGAUUCAACCACAAAGACCAGGGAGGGUUUCCAAUGCCUUGCAAGGAAGGGCACCUAUUGGUAGAUGGGUAAAAAAAUAAAAAUCACUACAAAGAUACAGGCGUCCUUCCUAUCUCAGUUCCCGGAGAGGAAAGAAGCUGCUCAGGGAUUUCACCAUGAGGCCAAUGGUGACUUUAAAACAGUUUUAUGGCUGUGAUAGGAGAAAACAACUGAGGAUGGAUAAACAACAUUGUAGUUCAGGGAUGGGCAACUUUGAUGGGGGUGGGUUCCACAAAGAAAACGGAACUCGGCCCCGUGUAGCUCAGUUGGGAGAGCAUGGCGUUUGCAACGCCAGGGUUGUGGGUUCGAUUCCCACGGGGGGCCAGUAUGAAAGAUGUAUGCACUCACUAACUGUAAGUCGCUCUGGAUAAGAGCGUCGGCUAAAAUGAUUAAAAUGUAAAUGAUGAGGGGCCGCAGUGGCCCACCACCACCUUGCAAGCAAAACAUUUUAGCGGCCCCCCUCGUGACAGCGAAGAUGAAAUAAAUCAGUUAAUUUCCUGCAAUGAUGCACAUUUUGCCAUGGGGCGUAGAGAAAAUGUUGCAGUUUUAAAGCAAGUUUGAUGCAAUUCUACAAAUUUUGCCAUGGGGCAGAGAAAAAUUAGCAGUUUUACAGCUGAUUUCCUGCUAUUCUACACAUUUUGCAAUAGGGUAGAGGCAAAUGUUUGCAGUUUUUAAUAUGAUAACUGAUGAUCAGUAAUUUGACCUUACUACAAGUUUAGAUAGCUGGAUGCUAGAUUAAUCUACCAAUCUAAAAAAAAUAUAUGCUGACAUGGGCUAAUUGAGUGAUUGCUGAUGCACAACCAAAUUUCGAAAUUGCACCUUGUGUAUUUUAUUAUUCUAACUCAACAGUUAAAAACAUUUUAUAUAUUUUUAAUUGGUCCGUGGGCCUACAAAAGGGCAGCUAGUUUCCCAUCCCUGUUGUAGUUACUCCACAAUACUAACCUAAAUGACAGAGUGAAAACACUGAAGCCUGUACAGAAUACAAAUAUUCCAAAACGUGCAUCCUGUUUGCAUUAAGGCACUAAAGUAAAACUGCAAAAAAAUGUGGCAAAGAAAUCAACUUUGUCCUGAAUACAAAGCGUUAUGUUUGGGGCAAAUCCAACACAACACAUCACUGAGUACCUCUCUUUAUAUUUUCAAGAAUGGUGGUGGCUGCACCAUGCUAUGGGUAUGCUUGUCUUCGGCAAGGACUAGGGAGUUCUUUAGGAUAAAAAGAAACGGAAUUGAGCUAAGCACAAGCGAAAUCCUAAAGGAAAACCUAGUUUAGUCUGCUUUCCAACCGACACUAGGUGACAAAUUGGUGGCAUAGUUACAGUUUUGACUUAAAUCAGCUUGGAAAUCUAUGGCAAGACUUGAAAAGGGCUGUCUGGCAAUGAUCCUGACCCUGAAGAAGGCACAGUGAUGCCGAAAUGUUGGUGGUUUUUUACCCAAUAAAUAACUGGGAGUUUAUACAUUAACUCUUUAUUUGUUGUUAUAGCUUACAGUUUAUUCUCCGUUAGUCAGCACCUCUACACAAAGUGAUGUUCUCUAGGUGUGCGCCAGCUCAUGCUUUUUAUUUGUAUAGCAAUUAUCAUCAACCUAUUUGACAGAGCUUGAAUAAUUUAAAAAAAAAAUAAUGUGCAAAUAUUGUGGGCAAAGCUCUUAGAGACUUACCCAGAAAGACUUGCAGCUGUAAUCACUGCCAAAGGUGAUUCUAACAUGUAUUAACUCAGGGGUGUGAAUACUUAUGUAAAUGAGAUUUCGGUAUUUCAUUUUCAAUAAAUUAGCAAAUAUUUCUAAAAACAUGUUUUCACUUUGUCAUUAUGGGGUAUUAUGUGUAGAUGGGUGAGAAAAACAAUCUACUUAUUCAAUUUUUAAUUCAGGCUGUAACAACAAAAUCUGGAAUAAGUCAAGGGAUAUUAAUAAUUUUUGAAGGCACUGUAACUUUAAAAAAAAUGUGUUACCUUUUGCGGCAUAAAGUCAUGAUAUUUUCAUCUGAUUUGUCAAUCACUUCAAAAGGGCUCCUUUACUAGGCUACCAGCGCACGUUCAUCCACACGCAACAUAUUUCCAGCCUCCAAACAGUUGUGAAUGGAAAGAGGCAUCGGUUACACAAACACCAAAAAGUGUAAUGACAUUUGGCAAUUGUCAUUAGGCCAGAAUUUAUGCAUCCACUGCUGUCCGCACGUGUCUGGGCCACUCAUCUGCCUUGGCAAAAUGUCGGUCUUCUCUUCGAACCACAUCGCAUUUUGGAGCGUAGACUAUACCACCUGUUUUCAAGUCCAUUCGCUCAUUUUUCAUGCCUCUGACAUACGGUAAUGAUAAAUAAUGGUGUAGUAGCCUACAGUUUUCUUGACAUUUUGUUUUCAUUAUAGGCUCAUGUUUUACCAGUAUGGCGUACCCCCCACUAUUUAUUUUGCCGGGACGCCGUACCACCUUACUCUCACCCCUGGUUAGUACUAGUAGCCUAGUCAAUGCAAUAUUGGCACACAACGGCAUAAAUGUAAACCUUGAAUUUGUAGGUUUAAAAUAUCCCUCUGGUGGCCAGGGUUGACCUAUUUUUUAAGAAAUGCCGUUGGUUGGUGGAUAAAGUCUAAGACAGUGGUCACCAACCUUUUUUGGAGUCGAGAUCACUGAGUCAAAAGGCAAGCCGACCUCUACCGCUCAGAUGUUUUUUAACAUGAUUAAAAAAAGUUAUGUUAAGCCUAUGCAACAUUAACCUAUUAAAAACAUUACUGUAGUAAUGGGGUUUGUUUAGUAGGCUUUAGGCCCAAUACAUUAUCACCACAUGUUGGCUUUGCUUGAAUUGCCCUGACAAUGCAUUGUUGUUCUCUCAGACAAUUUUUGUUUUAUAUAUUUCAACAUUUGAGGUAGGCUAUAUGAUCACACCGGUAAUAGAUCAGUUGUUGUGUUACUUGUGAGGCACAGCUGAGUGAGCAUAAAUGUAAAUAAUUAGCUUUUUUAUUUUACUGGGUUGAUGGUGUCUGCCUCUGAUGGUCAGUCUCAGCAGAGGGAGACGGCAACAAACUCAGAGGGCCGCUCUCCCUUUCCUCUGCUGACACUGACCAAAAAGGAGGGACAGUCUUCUUGUUGUUCAAUUUAGUUAUUUCCUUUAGACUUUGCUGAGGCCAUAUGGUUGUUUUUGUCUGUCUACUUGGCAUUGUUUAGAAGGGCUACUUUGUCUGUCUGUAUAAUUAUUCCAUUGCUGAUAUGUCUGUCGCUUGCUGGUAGGGCUGGCCACGACAACAACAACAAAAUCUUGGUCGACCGAGAGUCGUCGGUUCUUUCAACCAAUCGAUUGGUCGAAAUUUUAAAACAUGUAUUCUUACUUAUCUAGACACACCCUAUGUUUGAAUAAAAUCAACUAUAUGUAGGGUACUGAGCUUGUCUGAUGUUUUAAGCAAUGCGAUUUAAAAAUGAAGACACACAAAUUACUAAAGAGGGAGCCAGAGAUCAAUAUAGCCUAACCAGAAGCAAAAAAAACGGUUACCGAUGCUCCUCCUCCCACUAGAGCAUGUGAGCUGAGUUGAGAGGUUGGAAAUCCUGCUCAUGGAGCGGUGUGCAAGCUCCUUUCCAACCGCUCCGCUCUGCGCUCACAACCCGCACUGCCGCUCCAAAUUCGCUCCAUUCGUUAAAAUCACAAUUUAACCAACACCGAUCUAUUUUUGUGACUACCUGGACCUACCAUUUGGUUUUGAAGUAUUGAAACCAAAACCAUAUGGAUUUGAAUGAAAAGUAUUUGAAUAAACAUGAAAAGGUGAAUGUAAGAAGCUAACAUAAUUUCAAAUAGGCUACAUGUUAUAUUAAACAGCAUAUAAACACUAAAUAGGUCAGGAGCCAGACAGGGAGCCUAAGAAGGAACGGAAAUGAAUUAUUUCGGCUAUAUUAUUUCAAGGCUAUAGCCUACAAAGAAAUACAUUGUGAAGCAAUGUAGUGGUCGGCCCUACUUGCUAGUAUUAUUUAUUCUCACCCAGCCAUGUUUACCAAGCGACAGGUCAUUGGAAAAUAAAAUGACAAAUGUAGCUUGUACAAAUGUUGUGGUUGAGUUAUAGGCUACAGUUUCGAUGUAGCCUUUUAACUGAGGAUCUAAAUACAUAACCCCAUGAAACUGAUUUGAGAUCAAAUGGUUGGUAUGCAGAUGCUGCAUGGACAUUUCACCUGUAAAAUUUGAAGAAUUAUCAUUCACUAUUGACAGUGAGAAAUGUGAAGGGAGGUUCUCUACGAGUAGAUCAGAGAAUAUGCACAAAGUAGAGAGUCCUGCACAUGUGCAGAAGCCCCGGGACCUCCAGCCGCUAGGAAGGGGGGUCCAGAAACUUAAGUGCCUUAACUUAAAUGCACUAAUUGUAAGUCGCUGUAGAUAAGAGCGUCUGCUAAAUGACCUAAAUGUAAAUGUACUCUCUCUCCCAUCAGGAUAUCGUUGAGGAUGAGAGGAGCGACAGGGAAGAGACUGAGUCAGACGAGGAGGACGAAGACCAUGAGAAAAUGAAAAAUGGAUUUGUGCAGAAUGGCAAUGGCCACACAGUGCAUAACAACAACCACCGCCACAGCAAAAUGGAGUGAUUUGUUACAGAGACACCAAGGAGGAUGUGUCUGGAAAGGGGAAGAGCAACUCUCACGCGGCCUAGGCCAUGAGGCCAAAGUAGGGCAGAAUGGAAGGUGGAAAAGCCACACACACACACACACACACACACACCGCUGAAUGAUAUAUACACAAAUAAUGCUAAAGAUUACACUCCUUACGAGGCCCAGAUGGGUUUCACUGCUCUGUAGAUCACACUAGUUGAAGGAGGGGGGAGUUCAGGAAAGACUGCAAUGGAAACAAACUGUGUGCAUGGUCUAUGAGCUGUCCAGUGCCUUAGCAACAAACUGUUAUUCCCUAUUAUUUCUAUCCAUCCCCCUCUAUUUCUUACUGUUCUCUGAGUCCUUACAUUGCAAAUAAUUCACUAAGGCAGGAUUUCCCAAAUUGGGUCCUGGGUCCUGUGUUGGUUAUUUGAAUCAGCUGUGUAGUGCUAGGGCAAAAACCAAAACGUGUACCCAGAGGGGGCCCCAGGACCGAGUUUGGGAAACCCUGCACUAUGGUGCCUAGCUGUACUCGCAGCUUCCCAUCCUGAGUUAUGGAAAGCGAUAUAACUAAUUGUUGUUCACAGGGGCAUUCCCUUCCUGCAUGCUUGGUUAACGCUCUGAGUAUUGCUAGACUUAAACUUGACUGUUCAAAUGCUGCCUUCUCAGUACACUGACACCCGUCCCAGAUAAUGACACACUGAGGUAAAUGACAUGCCAUGUGCUAACACUUAAAACUGCCAAGAGAGAUGAGGUGCUCUUAAUGACCACAACAUGGUACAGGUCAGUGUAAGUGUUCAAAUCACCAUGUCAGACCACUAAAGCAUACAGUAGCGAUAAUGGAAAAUGAGUCUUUGUUUUUUGCACCUACCAUUUUGUUAUUGGAUUGUAGUAGAGCAGGCACUACUAUUGUUGUCAUGGCAUUCUUAUUCAACCUGGACUGUGCCAGUGUUGUUAAUGUUCUUUGGUAAAAUGUUGUUGAAAAAAAUAUGGCGGUUAAUAAUUAAGUUGUUUUAACGGUUUAAAAGCUGGCAAGUUUGGUUUGCAUUGUGUGGAUAUUUGUCUUAGUUUAUGCCGGUCUCCAAAUGAAAUGGCUCUUGGGGAGCAGAAAGCACACAGCUUGAAAUAAUACUUUUUAAAUGUUUGUUCAUGUUUUGAAAAUAACUUUUUAGUUAUCAGAUUUGAUUUUGUUUUAUUUCUUUAUUUAAAAAGUCCAGUCACUGAUCCAGACACAUUUCAGAGAAAUGGUCCAACCUACCCAAACCAGUCCAACACUUAAUUCAACCAGACUGGAGGAGAAUAUAUUCAUUAAAAUCUGUAUUUUUCUGCCCAUUCGUCCAAAAAUGCACUUUAUGGGUUUCAGUUAUGGGUCAGCAUAGACCCAAUACAACAUAAAGCAAAAUGAACAUCCAGGCCAUACUGUAUGUCUAUUUGAGUGAGUUGGAUUAUGAUUGGGGCUUACAAUUACACUACAGUUUUCAUUUCUUAUUUAUUUCAUUUUGUAAAGCGUUUGGUUCAAUUCAUUAGGUUUUUUAAUAAAAUGGGACACCAAAGUAUGUUUUAUUUCAGUUUUGCAAGUGCCUUAUCUGUUAUGUGUAAAAAAGAAUCUCACAAUGUCUCUUUUUCAGUCUUUUUCAUUUCCUGUCUAGCAUCUUUCUCUUUCUUUAUUCUCCAAUAUGGACUAAUUGGUCACAGGUGGUACACUAUAUAGGAAAUGGUGUGCCAUUUGGGAUGCACUUGAUCUCCCUGCAGUGCUGUAACAUGUUAUUUGUUCCCCUUCACUUCUUCAUGUCUCAACGCAAAGACCAAUCCCUAUGACCCUCCCCCCUUCCCUCAAAAACGCUUUUCCCCUACUAGUGUUUUUAUUUUGUCAUAUUGCAAAGAUAUGAUAAAGGUUAUUGUGGAUGAAAUGGUUGUCUUCUGUGAUUAUUUAUUUCUGAAUACGUUUUGUGUGUUGUCUGGUUCAAAGUACAAACCAUGGAAAUUCCGUAAAAUGACUGAAUGGUCCCGUCUGCUUUCCAUUCCUAAUUCCUCAUGCUAAUUAUAUUGUGUCACUAACCUUCCAUUGUCCUAAUGCGGGCUAGCUACAGUCAUAUCAGAUGGGGGUAAAGUUAAUUUGACUGAGUUGCCGUCUCAAGGGGAUAAUCUCAAUUGCAUACUCCUCGCGGCCUCUCUCCUUGCAUCCUUCUCAAAACCCAUUGGAGAAGGUCAGAGGGGAGGGACCUCUGGCUUUCUCUUACAAUGGGUUUUGAGAUGGAUGCAAGGAGAGAGGACACCAGGAGUAUGCAAUUGAGAUUAUCCCAGAGUCUCUGUUGGACGUAAAAGAAGCAGUGAUCACUGCUGCAUCCGGCUUCCCCAUCUUCUCUUAGUCAUCCUCCAUACAGCUUCGCGGAUCAAAUUAUAUUUUUCACUAAUCUCAUCCUCCAGUCGGCUCUCUUUUUCUGUCGAACCUACAUGCGGUAGCAAUUGAGCCUGGGAACGAGGUCACUUACUCACUAACAUUGCUGCCCCUUUUCUACUUACUUGAUUUGUACUUGGGCUAUUUCAGACAUUUUAAUUAGAACGAAUGAAUGCCUUUGGCCAUGUUAUUAAGGGUUUGUUUGCAUAACCAAAUGUUACUUCUCCUUUGAAGAUAAGAGUAAUGUUUCUCUGUUGGUGGUGGCUCCAGUAGUCUGGUUUAAAUUUAAAUGUGCACAUAAAUGCUAGAGAGUCAUUUAGCAGACGCUCUUAUCCAGAGCGACUUACAGUUAGUGAGUGCAUACAUUUUUUUUUUUUUCAUACUGGUCCCCUGUGGGAAACGAACCCACAACCCUGGCGUUGCAAAUGCCAUGGGGGGCAAUACGUUUUGGAUCCUUAGGCUAGGCCUGCUUAACAAUGGUAUAGUUUGAAAAGCUUGUCAGCAUUUGAGUGGCUGCAGAUCUAGCCAAAAGAUAGUGGUUGGACUAUUGAAGAAUAUUGUUUUGAUAUUUCUUCUUAUCCAUAUGUCAAUGAAACCAGAUACCAUACUCUCUCUUAAGGUCUUCCUGACAGGGAAACAAAGGACAGGGGUAAUUGAUUCACAUGUGAACUCCAGGGAACAUUAUUCAACUCCUGUUAAACUAUUUAUAAAGGCUUUAGCGCCAGGGGGAGGUCGCAUGUGCCCAUGGAUGUGUGUGUUCCCGAGAGUGUAUGUGUGUCUGCCUGUGUAUGUGUAGAGUAUUUUGUGGGGUGCACAUUUUUCCUCUGAUUGUGACAGGGUGGGAGGAUGAAGAGAUCUGUAAUAGAAGGAUUGUGUUAUGUAAGAAAAAGCAAUAAGAGGGGAGCUGAAAUUGAGAGAUCCCUGAGAGCUUUGACAGGUGGGUUCAUGUUAAAAGGGGUUCGGAAAGGUUCUGUGAAACAACAGGGAGACAGAUAGACCUGUGCCAUUUCUUCAUACAUAUGAAAGACAUAAGCAGGGACGGUGAGUUUUAAUCUAUGUUUUAUGUUAUCAGAUUCAUUCGGAGUUAUGCUCUUUGCGUUUAAGAGGGAGAUUGUCAUUACUGUUUGUCAUUACUUGUAUAACCAUCAAAAUAGAAAUGUGUGUAUCUUAGUUGUUUAGUUGAGUCCAUUCAAAUGCUAUUUUGCCACAGUUGGAGCUUUUCAUAUGUGUAAAUUUUUAUUAUAGGACUACUGCUAAGUACUUUGACUGUUUUGUGUAAACACAAACGAAAUGUAUUAAUCGAUAUGAACUAUAUCUCUUGUUGCAAUUUCAUAUUAACUGUAAAAAUUGUGUUAUGUUUAAGAUGCUUAAAAUAAACAAUACUUUUAUAUACACGUGUGUACAAAAUAUUGAAAAGAGAAACACAUUUAAGUAUUAUCGGAAUAUUGAGAAUAUCAAAGGGUGCUCCUAAAUAUGUACAAAGUACUGUAUUAGCUCUCUUUCUUUUUUUUGGUCUAUUUCUUCUCCGUCAGAGCAACAUGUUUGUAUGAGUGUAUGUCUUCUUUGUGAGCAAUACAUUAACAAGGGUACACGUACACCUCAGAGCCAGUGAGUGUGUUUGAUUAAGGUUAGACUGAUAAUGAUGUUUCCUCUCCCAUAGGAGGACACUCGCUGGGCUGGGGGCCAAUGUGGUGUUCACUUAUGCUGCAAGUGACUUACCUUACAAGACUUACCUUGGAUCUCUAAUGAGAUAUAAUAUGAUUUACAUUGCAAUUUCAUGACAAGAUAUUACCUACCUGAGAAGACGACAACUUACCUGGCAACUGAUCUCAACAUACAGUGAAUAUACAUUGGAAGACAAGCCAUAGGAAAAGCAGCUAACUCUCAGUUUUCUUAAUUUAUCCUGUUCAUAUAAUAAAUAAUAUGCCAUUUAGCAGACGCUUUUAUCCAAAGCGACUUACAGUCAUGCGUGCAUAAAUUAUUAUUUUUUUGUGUAUGGGUGGUCCCGGGGAUCGAACCCACUACCUUGGCGUUACAAGCGCCGUGCUCUACCAGCUGAGCUACAGAGGACCAUCCAGGACAACUAUUAUCUGCCUAAGGAAUCCCACACCUGGGACCUGUAACACAAGCAUCUCUCAACCUACUACUGACCCUUACCUUGUUCAGUCACAUGGACCAGCACCAGCCAGCUCCCCCUCUGUCCAAGCUGGAGGUGGAUGUGGACCUGGGCUUUGCUCUCUUCUUUCUCGUCCUCCUCUGCUUCUUCCUGCUGCUGACGGUGGUGCGCUGCGCUCAGACAGUGGUGGACCCUUAUGGCGCCAUCUCAAUCUCCACCUAUCAAGAGGAACAGAUCACCAAU